UUGAAAUGGUGAGAGGAAAGAUCGAGAUCAAGAAGAUCGAGAACGUGACAAGCAGACAAGUCACAUUUUCAAAGCGAAGGAGUGGUCUCUUUAAGAAGGCUCAUGAGCUUUCUGUUCUAUGUGAUGCUCAAGUCGCAGCUAUGAUCUUCUCUCAGAAAGGAAGAUUAUAUGAAUUCGCAAGCACCGAUGUCCAGAAGACAAUCAAGCGAUAUGCUGAAUAUAAGAGAGAGUGCUUUGGUGCAGAAACUCACCCCUUAGAGCAAUACGUGCAGGGACUAAAGAAGGAAACGGUGACAAUGGUGAAAAAGAUUGAAGUGCUUGAAGUUCAUAACCGGAAGCUGAUGGGGCAAGGUUUGGCGUUUUGUUCGGUGAAAGAACUUCAGGAUAUAGCCACUCAGAUAGAGAAAAGCCUUCAUAUUGUUAGAUCAACAAAGGCUAAGUUAUAUGAAGAUGAGCUAAAGAAACUAGAAGCCAAGGAGAGGGAACUCAAAGACGAGAGAGUCAGGCUCUGUGGAAGGGUUGGAGAAAGGCCAAUGGGAAUGCCGUCGGGAAGCAAAGACAAAGAGGAUGUGGAAACUGAUCUAUUUAUUGGAUUUCCGGAGAGCCGACCAUAA